ACCACAGAAGCUCCACAUGUUAUAACUUCCUCAGUUUUAAGUUUUUUCACAAAGAUGUUUUUUCGGUGGCUAUGUCUUGGAUUUUUGGAGUUUACUGGUGCAUAUGAUAAUGUAGCUCUAAAGAAACAAACAGAGCAGCUGUACCCAUAUACCACCAUCACUAGACCGAACGACACAUUUGACGCCAGUAAUGCUGUUGAUGGACUGAAAUCAGAUUUACAUGGUUUGAAUGGCCAAUGUGUCCUGUCAGCUGAUUACAGAGAGAUGGCCACCUGGUGGGUUAACCUGUCUACAGUAAUGAGCAUCCACCACAUUACCAUAUAUUACAGAACGGACAAUGUAAAGUGGGAUUUACGCAAUGGCUUCACAUCAAGAUUUCUAGGAUUUUCGGUGUAUGUCUCCAAUACAACAGACAGACUACAGGGAACACUGUGUUACAAGGACGACAACUUUACACGGGCCACCAUACCUGCUGUCUUCACUACCACCUGUCCUGUACAUGGACAAUACGUCAUCUACUACAACGAGAGAUUUAAAGGUCCCUACCGUGAAGGCUUUUCCAAUUAUGCUCACAAUGAACUCUGUGAAGUAGAAGUUUAUGGUUGCAACACAACCGGAUAUUAUGGACCAGAAUGUUCUAUUCCCUGUCCAGACGAGAACUGUCAGUACUGUCACAUAGAGACGGGCACUUGCCAGGGCUGUAAAACUGGUUACCAGGGUCACCGAUGUGAAUUAGAAGAUAAAGCUGCCCAAACAAGUGUGACUGUCGUAUUCCCCAUCUUGUUUUCUGUAAUUGGACUGGUAUUGAUGACGGCGGGAAUAUUUGUUUUCUUCAAUAUAAAAAAGAAACGUUUCAACCAGAACGGGAAACAUGGCGUCAACGACAAAAACAUUGAACUAAGCAGUCAUGGAGUGGUUCAACACUACGACGAAUUACAUGUGAGAGAUACAGAAGAGACUUAUACAGCUCUAAAAAAAGCAGAAGAAGAAACUCCGUAUGAAGAAAUAUAAAACAUCAACAACAAAUACGUAAACAGUUAUUUGAUUGCUAAUGCUUUUUUUAGAAACAAAAAUCAAUAAUCAGUGACAAUGCUGCUUGUAUUUGUGGAGUUUUGUGCUACUCGUUUUUGUACUAUAGCAGAACAAUAUCAUGAGGAUCACCACUGUGUAAGAGAUAGAUACACCUACAUAUAUAAUGGACGAUGCUAUCGCCAGGGAUUUAUAAAAAAUACAUUUUGAAACACAAAUACAAGCUUUCCUGAUAGAAGUUUUUUGUUUUAUAAACAAACACAAUUUUUUAAUGUUUAUCGAUGUAUAAGCUUUAUAUUUAUCGGAUUUAUAUUAAGACGGGGUUACCUUUAGUAUAUGCUAAGAACGUAAUUAUAGUUAAUGGAAAUGAUAAUAACAUAUUGCAUGUAUUAUUUAUAUCACAGUUCUACCAUGUACAUAUCUCGUAUAAAUCUUCGUAAAAAGUAAAAACCAAAAAAAGGUAUAAAGUUAUUUUAACUUUGGCAAUCUGAAUUAUAAAUAAUUGAAACCAAAACGAUUGAUAUAUUAAACUGCGGAGUUAAAAACUAUGUAUUCGUAAAAAUGUUGAUGAGCAGUAGUGUAUUAGCGGAAUAAAUUAUGAGCAGUGGAAUAAAAUUCAAAUUAUCAUACGACAAGAACUGUUCAAAUUAAAUAUAAUCAUUCUUAAAUAACUUUUCUGCAGUAAACACUUUUAAAGUGACUGCAAGAGGCACCAAAUCAAAUUAAAUGACAAUAUUUCUAUGUUGCACAAGUUAAAGAACUUACAAGGGAUACGAACAACGCAAACUGUUAAACUUCUCAUCUAAAUAUUGGAUAUUAAUGUGUCCUGUUACUUAGCGUUUAUAAAUGUGUGUUGUGUACUGUGUAGGAAUAACUCUCCAAUAUUUUAUUCGUUGGGUAUAUCCGGACAACGCAUUUUCAUGUGGAAAAUACUAUUUCGGCAUGAUAUAUAAAGAAAACUUCUUUAAAUAAGAAAUUGAGGUCAUAUUUAUGUCAAGGAAAUCACAUCCGGUGAAACGUUUUCACAUAAUACUUACUUAUUAUAUAGUUUUUAUACACAGCUCUCACUCCAAAGUCAAACAUUCCCGCAAAUCGACAACAACAAAUUAAAACUACAAAGAUCAUUUUUUUGUUUACGUCAUUCAAAAUUAUUGGGAAUUCCCUUUCAUCAAUCAAGUACACUGAGAGGAUUUCGGGAGCCUAUUUUUCUCGAAAAAAAAAAUGAAUUACUUUUGUAGACAACCUCUCAAUUUCUAACACCAUCAACGAUAAACAGAAUUUUUUUUUCAGCUGCAUUUAGCCGCUGUCCGGAAGUACUUGAAUAUAGCCUAGUAGAUUAUAUCAAAUAUGUUUGCUAUGCACGAUGUAGGGUUUACAAGUUACUUCCUCGUAAUAAAAUGGGGUUUUAUACUGUCCAUAUAUACAAGAUAAUAUGCAAUUCACGCUGCAUAUAAUGAGUUGUACA